AAAGCGGAAGACAAUUGGGCAAAGAGGAUUAGGCCAAUUAGAAUCUGAAUAGGUCGGCAUAUGGGGUUACUAAGCGGGAUGAAAAACGAAAAAAAACGUUAAUGUUGCGGGCAUACAAAGAUCUUUUUUCAGCAUAUGGUCGACAGAAGGCCGGAACAGAAAGACGAGGGAGAAUAAGGAAAGAAGAAUGCCACUCACUAAAAUCAACCAAAAUCGAAUGAAAAAGGCAUUGAAUUGAAGACAAUGACAGGAAAUUCUACAAACGAUGGUUCUAAGUUAUCUGUAGAAAUUAUCUUAUAUAUUAUGCCGCUCACUGGAAUCAUAGCCAACACAUUCGCCAUUCUGUCUUCUGCUAGACUGCUCCAAAUGCAACCACUUAGUCCUAACGUCUUCGUGCUUGGGUUAUCAUGCAUCGACCUAAUCUCCAUCACUUUCUUUUGUGUUCCAUCUUGGUUAUUCUACAUCAAAGGCGAACGGGUUGGCGGGAAAAAACUUUGCGAUUUCCAAGGAUUUGUCUUCCUAUUUUCGACGCUUUGUUCAGCGUUCUUAGCAACUCUAAUGGCUGUCGAUCGCUGCAUAGCCGUCACGAAACCGUUUUUUCAUCGCAAGACAAUGACGGUAAACAAGGCAAAAGUGCUGCUUUUAGGAGCUAUUGCAGCGUCUCUAGUUGUCGCGCUGUUUCCCAUCUUGACAUUUGGAAGCUUCGUGGAAAACCUAGGUGGCCAUUUUUGCACUGUCAACUGGUUCCCGAAAAACGCGCAGGAUCGCGCGUUCUGUGCGUUUUAUGCAAUUCUAGGCGGUCUACCCGCAACGGUAGUUCUACUUUGCAACAUAACAGUCAUCUGGGAACUGUUUAGAAACAGGAAACGACGGGUAUCGGUGACGAACAUGAUUCUUCCUGGAGCACGGCAGAUGGCGACAGUUAGGUACACCGAGCGAGAGGACACUGAAACACAGUUCUCAAGAACGAUGGUACUAAUUUCUGUAGUGUAUCUGUUUGGCUGGAUCCCAUUCAUGGUUCGCCUGAUAGGGAAUGCAUUUUACCACUGGAAAAACAGCACUGCAGAUCUUCUUGUCUGCUCGUUUCUUCUGCUAAAUUUCAUCGCUGACCCUUUUAUGUAUGUCCUGACACGGAGACAAUAUCGUCAAGUACUUAAGAUGAUGCUAUCGUGUCGAUGUAAAGGAAGGCUAAACAACCGCACUUUUCCGAUCAACAUGCACAGCAAACAUCCCAGCAUAUCAUCAGCGAGUCUGCAAGCCUUUUGUUUCUCAGGGAAUGAACAGCAGCUGAAACAAUUACGGGAGAUAUUGCAGAAUGCCUCGCCACACCGAUCCCGAAGGGAAGACAGAGAUAAACAGAAGGACAAGACCAGUUGUCUUGAAUCCAUUCAUCCCCGAGGAAGUACAGGAAACCUCUCAAGGAACUGACUGCUUUUAGCGCGCUUGUUCCCUUACCUCAGUACUUGGCCGCAGAA